GUUUCUAUGGGAACCGUGGAAUCGCUAAAGAAAGCGCAAAGUUUCGUGUGAGUCCGGCUGGGAGCAGAGAAAGUGCAGUUUGGCAACUUGUUCUUACAUCAAGAUGGAAAGCAGCUUUACUCAGAAGGAUAUGUUAGCCCAGGUUAACCAGUUGUGGAGCAUGCUGGAUGAUAUGGCUGAAAACAGCCCAGAAAGUUACCAGAAGUUCAUACAAAGGCACAUGAAGGAAGGAAAAGAAUUUAUGACCCCUCCUGAGCCCAAUCUGUGCAUUCAUACAAAAAUACUGGAGCCUGAUGAGAAGAUACUAUUUAUAAAUAUCUGCCAAUGGAAUCGAGUCCCUGCUCCUAUGUCUGAAGCACAUCCUGUACCUAUUAGUGCUGGGCAACUGGAAAACUUGUCUGAUGGCACAGUUGUUGCUAUUGCGUAUAACCCAGAUGUGCUGAAGAGAGCUCACCAGGACCAUGUAGAGUUAGACCAGCUUAUACGCUUGGCAAUGAAAUACAUUGAGGAGCAGUACCAAAUCACCCUUUGCCAUUCCUACCAUGUUGCUCCGUUCCAGCUCAAGGGAAAUGCUAAAAGGAUGAAGGAGAGUUUGGAAAGGAUACAAAAACAGCCAGCUACAAACAAAGGCAACAGUAGUUGUGCCACAGAUAACUCUUUGUUGGAAGAGCUAAAAAGCAUUGCUUUGAUAAGAGAAAAGCAAGAAACCAGUCCAUCAAUUUGUAUAACAAGGGAAGAUGCUCCUAAAAGUACAAAGACAAAAUUGAUAGAGGAAAUUUCCAGUACAGACCUACAGAAUCGAGACCUACUACCUAGUCCCUGGCAUGAGAUUUCUGUUACAAAAGAUAAUGCAGGGCAUCCCCAAAGCCUGAUAUUAAAGGUCAAACUCAGGGGAGUCCACUCAGUGGCAGAGUGUGAUUUGAGUGUAUCUAAGGAUGACUUGCUGCUUGUAGUGCCAGGAAGGUACAGGUUGCUGUUAAACCUGCCUCAGGCAGUCAAUGAAGAAACAGUUGCAGCAAAAUUCAAUAAAGCAAACAACAUUCUUCUUGUUACGAUGCCUACAUUAUAGCAUAGACUCGGUUACAUCCUUGGGAGUGCCCUCAAUAUUCAGUUAGCAAGAGGCUUUGUGUCAUCUACCACUGUCAAACGCAGUGAAAAUUGGAGCUCAAAAGGGAUAGUACUGCGCCAGAUUCUUACAGAUGCAGUGUGGCAUCAGCUACAUCGGAGAAUGUUUGUACUUUUUUUGGAACAUUCGGCUGUUGUAGAACUUUCACAACCCCUCUUCUUGGGGGUGCGAUGAUAGGUGUUCUAAAUGUGUAGCACCCAACCACGCACCAAGUUAUAGUGAAGCACAACUGUUUCUAAAUAAAGUGCUACUGAAGGGCCUAUAUUUCCAGUAAUGAAUAUGCCUUUACACAUAGGGACACAUUUACUAAUCCAUGAACGGUCCGAAAGCGUCCGAAUGCGUUUUUUUCUUAAUGAUCGGUAUUUUUGCAACUUUUUCGUUGCCGUUGCGAAUUUGUUGUAUAUUUUCUGCGACUUUUUCGUCGCAGUCGCGAAAAAAUCGUAUUGUUGCACCGAGUACGAAAGUUUUAGAUUCAUUCAAGCUUCGGUAUCAUGACUUUCCUUGGGCCAGGUUGGAGCUGCAGAGUGCCAUUGAGUCCUAUGGGAGACUUUCCUUGGGCCAGGUUGGAGCUGCAGAGUGCCAUUGAGCCCUAUGGGAGGCUUCCAAAAACAUGCAAAGUCGGAAAGGUUUUUCCGCCAUUCAUGAUCGUUCAAUACGAAAAAGUUGAGAUGGCGACGAAAUAUUCGCGCAAAAUACGAAAAAAUUGCGACGUCGACAAAAAAGUUGUGAUGGCGACGAAAAAGUCGCAAAAUUUUCGUUUCCAAUCCAAAUUUUUGCCAUUCGGGAUUCGAAUUCGUGGAUUAGUAAAUGUGCCCCAUAGAGUUCACUUAAUUCACUUUCCAAAAUUCUACAUCACUGCUAGAAAGCACAAAAGUUGUAUUUAUACCUACAUGUACUUAUUUCCUUAUUAAUUUAUGUGUCUUUUUAGAGGUGCUCAAAGUGACAUGGACACUAAUAAAAAAAAACAAAAAACGUCAAAA